CGACCCGACGUUUGCUGAACGCGUUGACAAUCAAAAUGACGACACGGACGACGAUACGACAGAAGCUACGGAUGAGGAUACAGACUACGGCUUAGACGACGUCGAUAGCGCCGGUGUUGUAAUGAGUGACGAGGAAGAGUGUCAGGAACGACUGCUGGAUAGGCAUAACAAGAGAAAGGCGAAACAAGUACCAGGGAAGGCACGACCUGCUCGUAGGAGGGCAACAAUGGAAUCCGGCGACCAGACUGCACAGCAACUGUCCACAUUCACUUCCAAGGCCUUUGUCCAGCAAUACUCCUCAUCUACACCCAAGGCCUCCAGCGCAACCAGCUCCUCCAAGUCCUUCAUGGCCAAGCAGCAUAGAUCGACAGAAGCUCAGCGGUCCAGAGACUUAGCACUCAAUGAAUAUCGCGUCGAAAUGGAGCUUCAGACACAGCGUCAUAGUAACUUGGCUACGAGUACGGAAAAUAUGUACUCGCGGUACCAGUCCCAUUGGAGGGUAAGUGCUGUACUAGAGCGCGGUCAUGUCACUGGAAAACAGACGCUCCGCAAUCGUACUAAUCUAUCUAUACGGAGCUUCUCCAGGAGUGGUGCACUCGAAAGGGAUACACGGAUCAUCUCGUACUCUCAAAACGAUUCCAGGUUUACAUGGCCGAGAAUUUGGCUGAGGAAACGGAUGAAGAUGAAGGUGUCUAUCCAAUACGUGUCCUACGAAGAAAGAACAGGAAAGCUACAUCCGGCGCGCAAGUCGAUCCCUUGGAGAAGACCGACAGACUUCCUUCUUAUGAGACCGUGGGUGCUUACAUCAAGGCUGCUUGCGAUCUAUACGAGUCUCAGAAGGCGGAUCCUUCGAACACCGCCAUGCACUCAGAACCGCAUCCACGAUCCAGAAACAUCAGAGGACUUAUGAAAAGCUAUAGGCUAAGGAUUGCGAGUACCAGGAAGUCGGCUCAUGCGGCAAGCUUGACAAUCGAAGACGGGUACGAGCUCGAAUCACUCAAGCAAGUCAUGCGGAAAGGCUGGAGCCAUAACUACCAGCGAUUUCGAGGUAGUCGGCGCCAUAAACU